CAUGUACACGUCCUGUACAAAACUUGGCUGCUUCGCGGGCGGCCACCGUGACCGUGAGAUCCGGCAGCCUCCCACAUCUCCGCCGAAGCUUUCCCGAUGCUCCUCCGAUCGCCGCCGCGCAGCCUCCCCCACCUCCUCCGGCCGCACCACCUCCGCGCCCUCUCCAACGCCGCCGCGGCGGCGCUCGCGUCUCCGACCCCGCCCCCGACACCCCCCUUGCCGGCCGAGUGGACGGAGGCGCCCGUCUCCGCGGUCCGCGCCGCCACCUCCGACGCCUCGCUCUUCCACGUCUCCCUCGACCUCUCCUCCCACGGGCCCCUCCUCGCCUCCCACGUCGCCGCCGGCCAGUUCCUCCCCUUCCGGCUCCCCGCCGCGCCCUACCCCAUCUUCCUCGCCAUCUCCUCCCCUCCCCCGGCCUCCUCCUCCGCGCGAGGGUCGUUCGAAUUCCUCGUCAAGCGCCUCCACGGCACCCCCUCCGCGAGCCUCUGCGACCUCCGCCCCGGCGACCUCGUCCGCGUCGGCGGCAGCGUCGUCGGCCGCGGGUUCGAGGUCGCGAGGGUCGCCGGUGCCCGCGAGGUGCUCGUCUUCGCCACCGGAUCCGGGAUCAGUCCAAUCCGGUCACUCAUAGAGUCAGGUUUUGGCGAAAAUGAGAAGGUUGAUGUAAGCCUUUUUUAUGGGGCUAGAAACCUUCAGAGGAUGGCAUAUCAAGAGAGGUUCAGUGACUGGGAGUCCAGAGGAAUAAAAAUUAUACCUGUUCUCUCUAGACCAGACGAUCAGUGGACUGGUCAGAGAGGCUAUGUUCAGAAUGCUUUUUCAAGGACGAAGAAGGUUGUAAAUCCGUCCUCGAUGGGUGCAAUUUUGUGUGGACAUAAACAGAUGACUGAGGAAAUUAGUAGGGCUCUUGUUGCUGAUGGUAUGUCGAAAGAUACAAUCUUAACAAACAUCUGACUGCCACUAGAACACGUUUCUGGCCCUUCUGGCUGUUGUACACCUGCCACUACGAUCUAGUGGCUCUUCUUUACAGCAAAUGCGAUGGACUUAAAGAUCGCAACAGAGAUACAACUACAUUACAAAUAAGGGCAACUCAUUUUCUUUCACCUUGCGAGUUGCAGCAUCAACCAUCUUAUUGCUGGAUGAUGAUAACCUGAUGUAUUUAUCCCAAGCACCAGGUGGGCAUUUGAAAGCCCAUAGUCUAGAAAAUGGUUUGUAGCAUAUUGAGACAGUACUCCCCUGGAAGGUGCUGAUGUAUUUGAAAACCGAAAGGGGAUAUGGGUUGUAAAAUAGUAAAAUUACCAGUUUUCAGGUAGUGUACCUUCAGAUAUGAUCGGUCACAAGUUAUUGUGCCGUGAAAUUUUGAUAUGUUUGAAGGUUGUAUUUUGUUUUAUUGAGUUAUAGUUUGAGUGCAGUAGCGUGCUUGGAUGUAUGUGUAGGUUCUCCCGAAUGAGACAAAGGAAAUACAUAAAAAGGCUUCUUCAUU